CAUUGGUACUCCGAGGUAUUCGGUCCCUAGAUCCGUUGACAACCCAGUGACACUUCUAUGGCAAGUUGGGGCCAUCCACCAGCUCAACAACGAGGAUACGGUGGGCCACCUUCAACUGGAGGAUACCAACAGCACGGCUACGGCAGCAGUGUACCUCCACCGGUUUAUGGUGGAGCUCCUUAUGGAGGUGCGGCACAAGGACAUCCUCAUCAACGAGGGUACGGAAUCGCAGCUCAACCCCAAGGCGUAGGGUAUCAAGGUCAACAAUACGGCGCUCCUGGAGGAUCUGGAGGGUAUGGAGGACAUAUGUCUGGAGGCCCUGGAGGAUAUUCUUCUGUUCAUCGUGGUCAUGGUCCACCACCUGGAGUUGAUCCAACUCUGUGGAGUUGGUUUCAGGUUUGUUAUGUGUGGAAAUGCCGUCAUCUAGUGGUAUUUUUAAUUUAAUGGUUGCAAGAAUGAUAAAAGGUCUUUCACAUUUCUUACUCAAGGGAUGUGGGUGGUGAUGCAACCUUGUUCUACAGUUGUUACUUAUAGGUACAGACUUGUAAGGGGCACGCGACUUGUGAGGAAUUUUGCACAGUACUGGUCAAAAAGGAUUACUCACUUGUAGUAAUUGCUGAUAAUUCAAUAAUUUGUCAUCACUAUUCCCACAGAACAUGAUUGUGGUAUUGAAACUAAUCAAUUACAUGUAUGCUGUACUAUAUUUUUGUUUGCAGAGAAAACUGCAGAAUUUUGUGUGUUACCAGUACCAACGCUACCUGAGCAAUACAAUUUUAGAUAUUAGAGUAGCUAUUUUUCAUUUGGCAGAGAUUACGUUUUUUCCUGCCCAGUUGCUACACUUUGUCCACUAAGCUACCUAGCAUUCAGCUGAAAAUUUCUUUCACUAAUUUGAGCAAAUUUUGUGCUGCUGCAUUGCAAAUUGCCUAAGAACUAUCUCAGAGCGGAAUGGUCAGGAAAAGACAGAACGUCACCUGAGAAUUGCAGUAAAAUUGUCACACUGUGGGAAGAAGGUUACAGUCAAAGGCAAAUAGCUGAAUGUGUUGGCUGUAGCCAGAAAACAGUUUCCAACAUAACGAGAAGGCAACGGAAAGCUGGAAAUACGGAAACAAAGAGAAUUUCCAGGGGACCUCGCAUAACUUCCAUGAGAGAUGAUCGCCAGCUGAUCCGAAUAUCGCUUUCUAACCGACAAUUAACUGCACCCUUGGUUAGGUCCGAAUUUUGCAGGCCAAUGGAGCAAACAUUUCCAUCUCCACUAUUAAAAGGCGUCUCCGAGAGGGUGGAUUGUUUGUAGAGAGAUGGAAGCCACACCUUACAGCUGAGCAUCGCGUUUGCCAUCUCACAUUUGCACAGAACUACAGAAACUGGACAAUUGAUGAUUGGUCACGCAUAAUCUGGAGAUUUCAAAGCAGUGCUAGUGGGCGGGUUAUGGUUAAGGUUAUGACAGAUGUGAAAGUGUUGUAGUUUCCUACCUGUUGCAGUCUCUUUACAGCACUACUCAUCAAAGCGGAAGUUAAUGCCGUGUUUCCUCGAAGUUCCAGACAUACACCCAUGAGAACUUAAAACGAACAAAUCCAGCAUUUUUCUCUCAUCGCUACUUGUCCGUGGGCUGAUCAUGCAAAGCUUUUAUUUUCUGCACUUUUGCUCCAACUCUUUCAAUUAAGAGGAAGGUUGUACUUUAUAAAAUAGUAGAUAAUGUGGUGCUAAAACUAUUUUGACUUGUUGACACUCACAAAAAUGGUUGGUUUACCAGAGCGAGUUUAAAACGAUUGCGUGACACCAAAAUGGUGUCUGGUACACCUGCUAUUAUUUCCGGUUAAUCAAUAGAGCAACUAAAAAUCCCCUGUAGACUCCUGCACAUCAGUUUUAAAGCGACACUGUCAAGAUUUUAUCCUCGGAUACCUAGCGUCUA